UGAUCUCGCGAUAGCAUCCGACUGAUAUGCAAUGUUGCCUGGUCAGGUAACACGACACGUCACGAUUGAUGCAGCUGCUCUCUCCUUGCGAUUGCGCUCGGAUGUCCUCCCCAUACAUUGCGCCCUGUGCUACUACAAAUAGCUGCUGUCUUCUCGACAUGUCAGUGCAUCAAAGAACUAAGACUUCAUCAUGCGGACACUUUCAUUCACGCCCAGGGUGCGGGCAUCUAUUCUCCAGACCAGCCGGAGAGGUCAGCUGCAUCGAUCCCUGAGCCUCUGGCAUCCUCCCAGAUUCGAGAAUGAGAAGCCUCUGGAUUAUGCAAAGGGCUCGCCCGAACGGGCCGAGUUGACCCAAACCCUACAGAAGUUGAAGAGUCAAAUGCCCUUCAAAAUCCCCAUCACAAUCAACGGGUCUACAGUACAAACGUCCCAAUCCCAGAUCCAAAAGAACCCAUCCCGACAUCGGGACGUCGUCGCCGAGUAUGCAUCCGCAACGUCCGAUCAGGUCAACACUGCCGUUGACGCAGCCCUCAAAGCCAAACCAGCCUGGGAGGCCAUGCCCUUCGAAGACCGCGCCGCCAUCUUCAUGCGCGCAUCCGAGCUCAUCGCCGGUAAAUACCGCUCCGACAUUGUCGCCGCCACGAUGAUCGGACAGGGCAAGAACAUCUGGCAAGCCGAGAUUGACGCCGCCGCCGAGACGGUCGAUUUCUUCCGCUACUACAUCCAGGAGUGCUGGGCACUCUACGCACAACAGCCCAAGGUCCAUCUGCCAGGCACAUGGAACAAGCUCGAGUAUUGGCCCCUGGAGGGCUUCGUCUACGCCAUUGCCCCAUUCAACUUUACCGCGCUGGGCGCCACCCUCAUCGGGCCAGCUGCACUACUGGGGAAUGUCGUGAUUUGGAAACCCUCCGACUCGGCCCUCCACGCCAGCUGGCUGCUGCAUCAGAUCCUACUCGAAGCCGGCCUCCCCAAGGACGUCAUCCAAUUCCUCCCGGGCGACGCUGAAGAAGUCACCAACACGAUCCUGCAGCGACCCGAGUUUGGCGCUCUCACAUUUAUCGGAUCGACUCAGGUCUUCAAAGGUCUGCAAAAGAAAAUCGGCAAUGGCAUCGGCGAGGGCAUUUACAACUCCUACCCGCGGGUCAUCGGCGAGACGGGCGGCAAGAACUGGGGACUGGUGCACCCCUCUGCGGACAUCACCAACGCGGCUCUCAACACCAUCCGCGGCGCCUUUGAGUACCAGGGCCAGAAAUGCUCUGCGAACUCUCGUCUCUACGUCGCCGAGUCUGUCUGGCCGGAAUUCCAGAAAACCCUCCAGGAGCACCUGGCCCGCCUCACCGUCGGGCCCGUGGACGAAUACGCCCACUUCAUCAACCCAGUGAUUCAUGAACGCGCCUACGACCGUCUCGCGCAAGUCAUCCACGCGGCCCGCAGCGAUCCGGAGCUGGAACUCAUCGCCGGCGGCCAUGCCGACAAGACGGAGGGCUACUACGUCCAUCCGACGGUAUACCGCACGACAAACCCACGACAUGAGAUCAUGUCACGCGAGCUAUUCGGUCCGAUUCUAGGGGUGUAUGUCUACCCAAACCACGAGUGGGAGGAGACCCUGGCACUGGUGGAUGGAACAUCCCGGUAUGCCUUGACGGGGAGUAUCUAUGCGAUGGACCCAUAUGCGACACGACAGGCGCAGACAGCGCUACGACAUGCAGCAGGCAUGCUGUAUAUCAAUACGAAGUGUACGGGGUCGACGGUGGCGCAGCAGCCAUUCGGGGGAAGUCGGGAUUCAGGCACGAAUGAUAAGACGGGGACGAUGGCGCAUCUGCAGCGGUUUGUGAGUGUGCGGACGAUCAAGACGGAGUUUGGGAGGUUGGAGGGGGUGGAGUAUCCAUCGAACGAGGUUUAGCAGAGCAGCUGCGUAGCUACAGUGCAGUAUAGCUGUAGCUGUAGCACUUAUCAUAUAUAACGUCAAUCUUCCAAGUUGGACCAAAAGAGACACUACUAUCUCCCGGCUGAAGGGACUGAGUGGAAUGAUAGAUAGACCCGAUAUGUAGAACCUUGACAAACAGGCAAACAAGCAAACCAAAUAGAACAAACACCAUCACCACCACUUAAGCCAACCAGACCCUUUCCCACCCUCAGCACCACCCUGACUCUC